GGUGUGCCCCGGUUAAACCGUGGGUCUUCUCCCUGCCCAUUUUUGGCAUCAGGACUGUCGACCACGUUCAACACGUCUACCUCACCAUCAGCCUUGUCCGGCCUCAGCCUUUGCACACGCCGCUGCAUCAAUCUUGCGCAGAGCCAGAGCUUUUCAGGUAAACUCUGAAUCUACCAACCGAUCUACGAUUGCUCAAGUCACAACCAUGGCGGACGUCAAACCUGAAGACACCCCUGUGGAGGACCACAACGUUGAGAACAACGACAACAAUGAGAACAACAGCGUCGGCGAGGAAGACGGCCACGAUGAGGAGGAGAUCUCUGCGAUGAAGAGACGGGUAGCCGAGAUGGAAGAGGAGGCAGCUAAACUGCGCGAGAUGCAAGCCAGCCUCGACCAGCAGAGUCGGGAGCUGUCGGAGAAUAAGGAAGAUAUCGACAGCCGCAGUAUCUUUGUCGGAAACGUCGAUUACUCUGCCUCGCCUGAAGAGAUCCAGGCUCACUUCCAGAGCUGCGGCUCCAUCAACCGCGUCACAAUCUUGUUGGACAAGUUUACUGGACAGCCGAAGGGAUAUGCUUAUGUCGAGUUUACCGAGCCGAGCCUCGUGGCCCAGGCUCUCGUACUCAACGAGAGCGUCUUCAAGGGUCGCAACAUCAAGGUCGUCCCCAAACGUACCAACGUUCCUGGCAUGUCCCGCGGUCGCGGGCGCGGCGGCUUCCGCGGCGGUCGUGGCGGCUUCGGGCGCGGCGGUUUCCCGCCUCGGGGCGGCUACCGCGGGGGGUACCGUGGCCGAGGAAGAGGAGGAUACACUCCCUAUUAGGCAGGGUUACGUCUCUCGUAGGCUCGCGCCCGGCGUCAAGU